CCUCGACUGAAUACUUCCCUGAGCAUCGAAGAUGAAUCCCAGUUCAUUCUCAGACAAUGCACGAAUGCGCAGUUUAUCUAGCAAGCAGAAGCAAAGAUGUCCUCCGACGGACGUUCAUCAUAUUAUGCAGGACCGGCCCAUCGAAGCACCCCGGAUACAAGGCACAAAUUGACCAUAUCGUUGACACAGACAACGCCUUCGCAUUCCUCGAACCCGAGUCGAUAUCUACUGCAGAGCUCUAUACCCGUGACAAAGCGCAACAGCUGCGCACGGUUGCAGUCCUGCAGAGAUGUGCGCCUAGGCUUGGACGAACGAUGGUCCAUUCAAGAAGGCUCGCUGGUCCUGUGCAUCCACCCAUCCUAUACUCUGCCCGACCAUGACAACCCACUGACCGACGAACAUGAGCUCAUCACUGGAGAAGUGUUUGUCGUGUGCCGUCUCUAUGCCGAUCUGUGGGCCCUCUGUGCCAGUGCCUCGUCUAUUGCUUCCGAGGCUGAACCGAGCGAGAUCGAUAAACAUCCAAUGCGUCUUGCAUUCUUGCCGCUCUGCGCGGUGACGCUCGCGGCAAAUUUCAGCGCUUUCAAUCGGAGGUGCGCGGAGCAUGAUCUUCGUGAGGCGAGCGGCCUGCGAUAUCCAGGAAAUGGACUCCCGGUGAUGCCACCCCCUCGCUCGUAUAGUCUCGUCGAUAGUAGGCAGCUGGCUCGGUCUGAAAAGCUACAGAUCCGCCUCCCAGAGGUAGUAUAUGAUGUGCUCAACAAGGUGUUGCCCGAGUGCGCCGACGCCGAUUAUGUGCUCCUCGAUCUCCCUCUCGGAGCUCUUCUGUCCAAUCUGAAAGUCAGGCGCAGUCGCCAGUCGCAGUGUCUAGGAAGUCCUGCGGCGGAAACACAAGUGCAGCCCCCUGAGCCGGACAAAAAACCCUCAAGUCGGAGGUUUAGAAGGUUGAUCGGAUGGGCCUGA